AACUCCAGGCAUCCUACACAUCCUGGCCCAGGCUGGGACUGGAGCAGCCCCUUCUUCCUCUGUGCCCCCUCCCCCCAGAAAUUCAUCAUGGAGAGUAAGGAUGAGGUCAGUGACACCGACAGUGGCAUCAUCCUUCAGUCUGGCCCGGACAGCCCUGUUUCACCAAUGAAGGAGCUGACCAAUGCUGUGCGCAAGCAGCAGAGGGCCCUGGAAGCGAAGCUGGAAGCCUGCUUGGAGGAACUGCGUAGGCUCUGCCUAAGGGAGGCGGAGCUGACUGGUACUUUGCCUGCAGAGUAUCCCCUUAAGCCAGGUGAGAAGGCACCCAAGGUCCGGCGCAGGAUUGGAGCAGCAUACAAGCUGGAUGAGUGGGCCCUGCACAGAGAGGACCCCCUGAGCAGCCUGGAGCGCCAGUUCGCUCUGCAGCUUCAGAUCACGGAAGCGGCUCACAGGUUGUGUGCAGAGGAGAACCUCAGCAGACAGGUGCGCAGGCAGCGGAAACAUGCUGCACUACAAGAGGAGAAAAAGCUCAGGGAGCUGGAGCGCUGCCUGGGUGAUCGGCGGCGGAACAGCGAACCCCCUCCCACCACUGUGCCCUCCAUGGGCAGAGAGCUCAGUGCCUCUGAUGACAGCUCCCUGUCUGAUGGUCUACUCCUGGAGGAAGAAGAUUCCAAAGCGCCAAAACCUCCCCCAGAGUCCCCUGCACCACCUUCCCGGCCUCUCCCACCCCAGAGCCUAGAGGGCCUGCAACAAACAGGACCUGAGUCUGGCGGCCUAGAACGGGCCCCAAUCCAAAACAGUCCGUGGAAGGAGACCAGCCUGGACCACCCCUAUGAGAAGCCCAGGAAGUCUUCCGAACUCAGUAGCGAGUCCAGCAGCCCAGCCACCACGCCUCAGGACCAGCCCAGCACGUCCAGCCUGUGGCUGCUGGAUCCUGCCUCCUACCAUGUGGUCCCCAUCCGAAAUGUUCCUGGCCAGCGGCAAGGCCGCACCAGUGCCCCAGCUACCCCUGAGAUGCAGGGCAGGAGGGGCCAGUCGCAGUCUCUGAGGGUGGACUCCUUCCGAACAGGUGCGGAGGGCCGAGGUCGCAGUGCCUUUCCCCGCCGCCGCCCCACUCAUUACACGGUGACGGUGCCAGACUCCUGCUUCACACCGAGCAAGCCCCCGCUGCCACACCCUGCCUGCCACUCUUGCUCUGAAGACAGCGGCUCUGAUGUCUCCAGCAUCUCCCACCCCACCUCACCCGGCAGCAGCAGCCCAGACAUCUCCUUUCUGCGGCCCCUCUGUCCUCCUGAGCCACCUCGCCAUCGCGGGGCCUGGGGCCCAGCCUGUGGCAGAGAGCUGGCCACUCACUACCCUAAACUUCUGCUGCCCGCUGGAUAUUUCCCAACGGGGCGCUAUGUGAUGGUGGCCGAAGGCCACCUGCCACCUGGCGAGUGGGAGCUGUGUCGUGCAGCCCUGAAUGCUGCCUACGAUGAGGAGGGUGCUCCCCUGCGCUACCAGCGACUGGUGCCCUCCCACAGCCGCAUAGUGCGCACUCCCUCGCUGAAGGACAAUCCUGCGGGCAGGGGACUCAGCAAGGCAGCUGUCUCCGAGGAACUCAAGUGGUGGCACGAGCGGGCACGUCUCCGGAGCAGCCGCCCUCACUCACUGGACCGCCAAGGGGCUUUCCGUGUCAGGAGCCUGCCUCCCGGGAGGGAGAGCUUCGGGCGGGUCUCGGGACCGCGGACACAGGUGCCCCCAGUGUGUGUACUCCGGAGGUCUCCAGAUGGGGCUCCCGUGCAAGUCUUUGUGCCUGAGAAUGGGGAGAUCAUCAGCCAGGUGUAACUACUCUGAAAGCCGUGGCCGUGGAAAAGACUUUUAUAUGGGAGCUGGGGUUGAGACCCCCUCACCCUGAAGUGCUUCUUUCAGCUCUCCUACGCUCAUCGCCGGCCGAUGACUCAGAGCUGAAACCUCUGUUUUUUACGAUUGUUUUCUGGAAGUCCUGACCUGAGGAUUUAUAUCUGUGAUUUAUCUUCAAGGUUCCUAUAAUAUGAUUGUACUUUAUUCCCCCAGAGUCUGGCCUUUUUGGACUUAAGGUCUUGCUGGGCUAAUUGGCGGCAUUUGUCUCCUUAUGUGGGACAAGUGGCAUGGAGGGCCCCUUGGGAGUCCCUGAUGCUCUGUGCCUUCUUUUUGAGGUAGCUGCUGGUUCUUACUGCUGGAGUCGGCAUGUGGUACAUACCCAAAAAGGAUUCCUCCCUUGUUUCCAGAUCUCUGGGUACCAUAGGCUGGGCAGGAUUCUCUUCUCCCCUUUAUGUGCUCUGUGAUGCACACACACUAUGGCAGGAAAGGUCUUUAUGUCUGGUGGAGCCUUGUCUUCUGUCCUGACUCCACGGGUCUCCAUUAGCAGCCCUUGCCACUGUUCUGACUCCAUACCCUGGAGCUCCCAGACCACUAAACAUGGAGUUUGAGGCUACCCUGAACUGUCCGGUCAGGGGCCUGGACUAGGGGGCUGGUUGGUGGAGAACAUCUCAUCCUCCACAGCCACUGCUGGGCAUUGUGAGGCUAG